CCGGACGUCAGCUCAGCUGCCAACUGCCAACUUCAUUCAGUUCCUUUCUGGCUGCCGUCGAACGUUGUCGUCGUUCGGUUGAAUCGAAUCGAAAAGCGCAGCUCGCCAAAAAGCCAGGCCAAAAUCUCAAAGCCACGGCUCAGUGAAACAGUUAUCAGAAAUUUUCGAAAAAUCGCGUAAAUAAUUUUCGAAAAAAUAAACACCAAACAGCAGCAAGCAACCAAUUUCAAGUGGCAAAGUUAAACAAACCACAGCACAUUUUUUGGAUUAAGUGCCACAUAGUUCCUGUUAGCAGCAGCAACACACACACAACAACCACUUGGAUUACUAUAAACAACAGUAUUAUCACAUAAAACUAGCACAAAAAAUUGCUGAAAUUUUCUUCAACAAAAUUAAAUCGUUUUUAAACUACAACAAUUUGCUAGGCAACCAAAAAAAAAAUAAAUAAAUGGAAAAUAUAUAAAGAGAAGAGAAAAACGAAAACAACAAACUUGUGCAACAUCCCAAAACAAAUGUGAAAGCGUGACAAACAAACAAAAGAUACGAAAAACAAAUGAGCAAAAAGUGAACAAAAAGUGAACAGAAGUGAAAAGUAAGAAAAAGUGAGUGUUUGAAAAUGCUGCAGUGAACCAUUUCGAAGCACAGAAAUUAACAAACGAAAAAACAGCCAGCAACAAUUUAUAAUAAAUCCACAACAACAGCAGCAACAACACAGAGAGACAAGUGUUGUUGUCCCAUGUAUUUGUUGAUGCCAUGCAAUUGAUUGUUGACAAAAUUCCCAUGUAUUCCAAACAAACAACGAAGCGCAAUUCCAAAAAGAAAAAUGAUGAAAUGAACCAGCAGGCGGGCUCCUCAAGGGCGCCAGCCACCGGGGGCCAAAUCUCACCGCCAGGUGCCACAACAGUCGGCGUGGACCAGCAGCAGCACUUGCAACAGCAGCACCAGCAACAGUACUACAACCAGCAGCAGCAGCAGCAGCAACAGUACCAGCAACAGCAGCAGCAUCAGCGCGACAAUUUCCUAGCCUACCAGCAACAGCAACAGCAGCAGCAACAACAGCAGCAGCAGCAGCAACUCCAGAGAUCGGGAGGUGGCGGUGGUAACUUUAUGCUGGGCAAUGACCUGGUCGGCGGCGACAGCCUGCGCAGCCUGAACAACACCUUCGGUCCCAACUCGGAGUUCACGUCGCUGGGAGGCGCCAACAGCUCGGCAUCCUCCUCGCUGAGCGGACUGAGCAGCUCGAGCAGUCAAGGAUACACGGGCAUGGUUGCUGCCAGCCAGCAGCACCAGCAGCAACAGCCACAUCACCACCAACAGCAGCAGCAGCAGCAGCAGCACAUGGGCAGCAUGGAUGCCAUGGGUGGUUACAGUCAGAUGGGUGGCGGCAUGCACCCUGGACCCAACAGCGGCAUGAUGGGCAACAUGAAUGGCCAGUACAUGAACGGGGGCUCCGGCCAAGGUGGCUACAAUGGAGCCCAGGGCAUGGGCAUGGGCUACGGCGGUGGAGGCAGCAUGGGACCCCAGAGGCAUCAUCAAAUGACGCCCAUGAAUCAGAUGCAGAAUAUGUCCAUGGGCCCCGGAGUCGGUGGCAGCGGUGGUAUGGGCGGUGGCAUGAAUCCUCUCCAGCAACAGGCAGCGCAGCAGCAAAUGGGCGGCAUGAAUCCGAUGGCCAAGAUGCAGGGCAUGGCCAAUGGUGGAUAUCCCCAGCAGGCGCCACCCAGUCUCACCCAGCAGCAGCAGCAACAGCAACAGCGACGAAUGGCCCCCUAUCCCCACCCCCAGAUGCACAUGGCCCAGAAGAGGGCGGCUGCGGCCGGAGUGGGAGGAGCGGGCGGUAUGUACCCGGGUAAUCCCAUGCAGCAGCAGCAGCAGGCGCAGAUGUACGGCAACCAGCAGAUGCAUCCCGGAUCCGGCGGUGGAGUGCCACUGCCCAUGCAGGCGGGCGGAGCUGGCAAUGGUUACGGACGCAGUGGACCCAUGGGCGCCGGCAACGGAGGCUACGGCCGCAUGUCGGCGGCUAAUGGCAUGGGUCCCAACGGCGGACCAGUGAUGGGACCCAUGGGUCCCGGUGGCAUGACCGCUGGAGGAAUGGGUCCCGGUCCAGGGUGCAUGAGCCAGCAGCGCUUCAUGCCCCAAGGAUCCGGCGGCGGCGGAAUGCCCGGCGUGGGCUAUGGUGGCGUCGGAGGAGGAGCCGCUGCCCAUCAGGGUCAGUUCUAUCCGGGCAGUGGCCAAAGUGCUGGAAUGCAGCAGGCAGGUGGCAUGUGCCCGGCUGGUCCGGGCGCCGUGGCCACCACCGGCAAUCCCUACCAGAAUCAAGGUUUCCAGCAAAACUAUCAGCACAGUCCAGUUCCUGGCAAUCCCACGCCACCGCUGACGCCCGCCUGCAGUGUGCCCUAUGUCAGCCCCAAUCCGGACAUCAAGCCACCCAUGGACAACAGCGAAGAAAUGAGACUGACAUUCCCGGUGCGCGACGGCAUCAUCCUGGCUCCUUUCCGCCUGCUGCACAACCUGUCGGUCAGCAACCACGUGUUCCAUCUGAAGCAGAAUGUCUACAACACGCUGAUGUGCAGAAACGACUUGGAGCUGCAGCUGAAGUGCUUCCACCAGGACGACCGGCAGAUGAACACCAACUGGCCGCACACCGUCACCGUCUCCGCGAAUGCCACGCCCCUGAACAUCGAGCGGUCCGAGAAGAACAGCACCGCCCUGCGACCGCUCUACUUGAAGGCCGUGUGCCAGCCGGGCAGGAAUACGCUCCAGCUGACCGCCAGUUCCUGCUGUUGUUCGCACCUGUUCGUGCUGCAGCUAGUCCAUCGACCAUCGGUGCGCCAGGUGCUGCAGACGCUGCACAAGCGCAAUCUGCUGCCGCUGGAGCACAGUGUGCAGAAGAUCAAGCGCAAUCUGAGCCAGCCGGAGGCGGUUGCUGGACCAGAUGCCACGUCCCAGCAGCAGCAGCAGCAGCAGGGAGGUGGGCAACAGUGCGCCAAGAUCUCAUUGAAGUGCCCCAUCACCAAGUCACGGAUACGACUUCCGGCCCGGGGACACGAGUGCAAGCACGUGCAGUGCUUCGAUUUGGAGGCGUAUCUGAUGAUCAACAGCGAGCGGGGAUCGUGGCGCUGCCCGGAGUGCAGCAAGUCGGCGAUCACCGAUACCCUGGAAAUCGAUCAGUACAUCUGGGCCAUACUCAACACGCUGGGCAACUCGGAUGUGGACGAGGUGAUCAUCGAUUCAUCGGCCAAUUGGCGGGCGCUGCAGCACAAUGGCGGCAUGCCCAAUGCACCGCCACCCUCGAAUGUUCCUAGCAAUCCUAGUGGCGUCAGCGGCUCCGGCAAUUCCGGCAACGGAAGCGUCAACCCCACCCUGCCGGUCAUCAAACAGGAACUGUGCGACGACAUCGCCAAGGUCAUGUCGCCGGGAUCCACCCAACUGCCCACCUGGGACAGUGCGCAGGCCAUGAGUCCCUACAACAUGCACGACAUGAACUCCAUUGCCAGCGGCAACAUGAUGGGCAAUGGCGGCAACACCAACCAUGGCAAUCGAAGCAGCUACGACGGCUUCAGUGGCAACCACAGCGAUGGAAGCGGCGGAUUGCCAGGUGGCGAUGGUGGCGUCAACUCCCUCGACCAGCUGAAUGCCAUGGAGAAGUCACUCAGCGAUCAGAUGCCCCACACCCCGCACACCCCUGGAGCGGCCAGUCAUCCGAUGACGCCCGGCGGACCGCCCAGCGUAAGCAGCUCCCACAACGAACCGAUCAGCGGCGGUACGCCCAACGCCAACGGAAGCGGAAGUGGCAGCAACGGCAGCGGCAACAACAACAGCAGCACGGGCCACAACUCGCCACAGACGCCGGGCACGCCCAGUCGAAUGGGAGGCGGCGGCGGCGGCGGCGGCGGUGGCGGCGGCAUGGGUGGAGCAGGUGCAGCAGACAGCCAGCAGCAGCAGCAGGAGCAGCUCCUCAACUCCCUGAUGAGCAGUCAAACCCAGCUGAAGUUCAGCGAAAGCGAUCUGAGUGCCGAGCUGCAGAGCUUCGAUGCGGCGGCAGCGGCCAUAAACGAUACAGCCCACGAUCUGAAUCUGCUGCAGGAUGUGGACCCCAUGGAGAUCCUGUCCUAUCUCGAUCCCCAGCCCGAUCUUAACACGCCGCCCUCGAGUGGCAGCAGCAACAACAACGCCAGCGACGACUUGCUGGCCACGUUAUUCGAGUAGACCCGAACAGGAGAAAGGGUAGCUGGGAUGCUGGGAGAGAGUUGGAGAAUUGAAGUGGCAGAAAUACCAUAAAUUGUAUAUAGUAUUAUUAAUUUUAAUGAAAUGUGCACUAGACGCCAGUCGCGUACUUCAACCAA